UACUAUUGUUUAUGCUACAUCACUGCGAAAUAGUCAUCACUGUGAACAUUUCUCUUCUGCCUUUCUUUGACCGGGAAGAGCAAAAUACAACCAGCAUUAAUUAGGAGGGAGAAAAUAAGAUAUCAGAGACCUAGGUCCACCUGCACGGGCUGCAGGAAUCACCUCCGCGCUCGCAAUGCCCACUGAGGCGCCGCGCCGUGCGGUUUCUCCGCUCGUCAGCCCCGCGCUCCCCUCGAAGCCGGUCCCCCCGCGCCGGGAGCCCACGCGCGGCCUCGCCGCUUCCACCCCGGCGCGGCGCCAGCCUCCUUUGUGUGCGCCGCGUCUCCGCGAAGGCGGCAGCCGGGGGAUGGAGCAGAUAAUGGCAUUCCCUGUGGAUAUGUUGAAUGGCUACACUCAUGAAGACUUGGUGAGCUCUGCAGAGGACUACUUGUCUGAACUUCGGUGUGGGGAUCCAAAUCAGCCAGAAUUCUUGUCUCUGUCAGACCACAGCAAAAUUCCUAUUAGCUUGUCAACUGUGGGCUUCGUUCCUCUUUAUGGUGGAGAGCAGACACACAAAGUUCUUGCUUUGUUUGCACCAGAGGACUCUCUCACAGCUGUAGCCCUGUUUCUUGCUUACCAGUGGUGGUCAAUUGAUGACAUUGUGAGAACAUCUGUUUCUUCUAGAGAGGGGCUUCAGCAGGUGAAAUCUGUAGGGGAGAGGGUAGUUCUGUAUGUUCUGAAUCGCAUUAUCUAUCGCAAAAAUGAAAUGGAGAGAAAUGAGAUCCCAUUCCUUUGUCACAGCAGCGAUGACUAUGCUAAGAUCAUGUGGAGAAAAGGAGAAGCUAUUGGGUUCUAUUCUGUUAAACCUGCAGGAGCUGCUUUAAGCCCAUACCAUACUCACUGUUACCAGCUACCAGUGCUAGACACAAUGUUUGUAAGAAAGAAGUAUCGUGGGAAAGACCUGGGGCUAAUGAUGUUAGAAGACUUUGUGGAGUCUUUUACUGAAGACACCCUUGGUCUGCGGUACCCUCUGUCAUCUUUCAUGCACAAAGCUUGUAAGCACUAUUUUGAGAAAUACCCUGGGAAUAAUGACUUUUUGUGUGAAGUGGAAGGAGCUGGAUUUUGGUUCCAGAGAAAACCCAUUGCCACUGUGUUGCAAAGGGAAGAACUCGAAACAGAGGUGUCUCAGAAAGCAAGUGUGAAUUUCCAGACAGCGGAUCAUUUUCAGCAAUCUGCAGCAAACGAACAGAAAACUGAGCCAGAAGCACAGCUAAGUGCUGACUCUCAGAAAGACCAAGAAUCAUUAGAUGACCAUGCAAGCACGUUUGAAGACCCGAGUGUAGCACACGUUUCCAUUCGGACACGAAGCAGUCAUUUAAAACGCCCCAAGACAGGAAAAAAUAGCCAGGAAUCUGGACCUGAACCUUCCCAAGGAGAUGAGGAAAAUGCUCCUCAUGCGUCAGCGGGCAGGCCAGAACAUCCUGCCCACACACCUAAAUGCUUUGAAGUCAUUGAGGAAGAACCUGAGGUUGAUGUUGAAAGUGGUGAGGAAAUGAUCACUUCUGAAGAGGACCAGUGUGUAUUAGAAACUGAGCUACGUACAUCACCAUCUGAGAAGCUGAGUGAGAAGGAGGGAACUCUGUCUGAAUCUCUUAAUGGUGACGUAGCAGAAGAAACUGCUAAGACCUUAGUUACAGCUGAAGAAGAAACUGCAACUGAAGUCCUAGGUGGUGAAUCAAAGUUGCAGUCUGUGAGUCAAGGAGAAGAACCCUUAACACUGCUUGUUCCAUUAAUCCUUGAGUCUCCGCCAAAACCUUCAGAAGACACUGUAUCAGAGAAGGUUUUAAAUGCAAAUGAUUCAGAAGGACUGACAGAAGAAAGUACACGAGUAGAGAAGAAGGGCAUUGAGGAAGACAAGCAAGAAUCUGAAGAGAAAAAAUCCUCUGAAAAUGUAAUUGCUUCAACACCAAAGGAAGAACUCUCAAACAAUGGGCUACCAAACUCUAUUAGAAGUGAAGCAGCAGAAGAAACUGUUUCUGAAAAUGUGUCACACAAACCAGCUGCCUCGGUGGAAGAUCAAAACGAGGAGGCAGAGCAGAACUCGCAGGAGGCCCCUGUUGCUUUGGGUCAGAGCUCUUUGAUAGUGGUUGAACUGGAGGGUGUUUCUUUUCAGCAGCCUUCUGGACAGGAAGGACAGAAGAAUCAGACAGAAGAGCACUUAGAUGAGUCUGUUGAGCAGACAGAGCAGUACACGCAGACAACAGCAGAGCGGGCAGCUGACAGCAGCUCUGAGGAAGCAGAAAUUGAGGUGCCCGUUGUGGAUCGGAGAAACUUGCGAAGGAAGGCCAAAGGUUACAAAGGUCCACCCAAGAAAAAAGGAAAGCCAGCUUAAAAUAAAUCGUUAGUUCAUCUAUUUGUACAAAAAAAGUUGUUGUUCUGUAUAAAACACUAGGAUGUAACUAAACCACAUUGGACACAGGACAUGUUUAAAAUACUGAGUUGGACUUCCUUUUGGGAUUCAUCACCUUUGCUCAGAAUUUCUUAAAUUUUUAACCAGUAGACAUUGGUCUUCUUCAAAGUAUGAAAGUAAACAGCCACUCUCCUCCUUCUAUAAGGGAUAUAUGCUGGAUAAGUAAGUUGUGCUAGCAAAGGAAUGGUCUGCAUAUUUGAGGCGGCAGUCUUGGAAGGAAAAAUGAUGAUAAUGAAAUACUGGCUUUAUUAAGGUUACUAAAAUUUUUAUAGACUUCCAUGAGGCCAUUCAUCACAAAUUAUUUAAAAAAAUUAAAAAAAAAAAAAAUUCUAGUGUUCUCAACUGUGGAGAGAUGCAGAACAAGAGACAUCCCUCCUCUCUUCUUGUUAACCCCCACAGUUUUUUUUUGGAUGCGAUUAAAAGAAUGUCAGACUGUAAUUCUAGGUCUCAAAAUAUACAAGAAGGUAUCACUCUGUAAAUCAAAACAAUAUACUAUAGCAUCUGUCUUUCACUAGAGUCAAACUGGAGAGAAUGGCUCUGCUUCUGACUUCCAAACUAGCAAAUUUGAUUUGCUAAUCACUUGAAACAGCUGAGUUACCAGUAACAAAAUCAGCACAGCAUCUACCAUAGCACACACCUAAAAUGAAGUUCCUUUUUGUGGGAAGAUUUAGAGAUGCCUACACAGUAAACUAUAUCUGUAGUUUCCAAAGUGAGUGUCUUGUUGAGCGUGAGUUUCUCCAGAAUGUAUGGAGUGAGGACUCCAGUAUGCUUACAAAAUUGUUUGAACAGCCUUCCUAACUACUUGCAUGUAUUGAAUGGAUACUUGCUUUCUUGUUAAAUUACAGGAUAAGGAUAGGACAAUUUUUGAUCUAGUAUUGGUCCGAAUGGAAGUGGUGCUUUGUGUUUUCCAAAUAAUUAGCUGAUGCUGUUAAAAUGUUGUAACUGCCAGGUGUGUGACUCCUGUGAACUCUGGCAUUUCAGGUGAUUGUGACAUUUAUUAGCAUCAAAAUAUUAGUGGAUGUUUCAGUGAAUGCUUUUUUUUUUUUUUUUUUUACCAAACUUCUAUGCCUUCAGGAGUUAUCAGGAGAUCGUUACAAGUAUUUGUGAUUCCCACUUCCUUCUUGUACACUGAGUGUAAUUUCUGAUCUGAUGGCUUCCCAGUUCAUAGCUCUUACUAAAAGCAGGAACUAAACCUUGCUAUAUACAAGCAGAAAUACAAACAGGCUGUUAUGCAUGUUUCCUUUCAGAAAUUUUCCUAGCAAAACACAUAUUUAAUAUAAUUUGUCAUGUUUACAUUGAGUUGCUCCUUAAUUUGCUGUAUGUUUAUUUCUGCAAAGAGCUGAAAAGUCAGAAAUAAGAAAGAACAACAGUUCUAAUAACAGGAAAUCACACAGCUAUUCACCUUGCUAUUUAAUCAUCUUAGAUCAGUGAACUAGUCUCCUACUGUGUCUUGAAAGUACUGGGCUUCUGAAAAUUGGUCUUCAGGUUCACUUGAAUAGUUGCAAUACUGUCUUAAUUUUUAUCCCUUUGUGAAUCUAUUUUAUGUCUAUACAGUUUAAGUGUAUUUAUAAAGUAUUUUAACUGUAGAAGAUGUAUUCUUACUAUUUAUUUCAGCUGUUGAAGUACAAUCCCAUUUUUAAUCUGUUAAAAAAAAGUCUUAUGUGGGAAGUAUUAUUUUUGUUGGUGGUGGUUCAAAUUUAGAGUUCAGAGUGGAUAGGAUAACUGAGUUAAGUCUGAGUUUCUUUUAUGUUGAGCGUAGUUAUAACUUCCUGUCAAUGUACAGUUACUUCUUACGAACCCUGUGACUGAUAAAUGUUCAAGAUCUUUUAUGAUUGCUUGUAAACACAUUCAAGUGAACCUUAAGCAUUUCUAAAACUAAUUAAACAUUUUCUAUAAAGCACAUGGGAUAAAACUUUUUUACCAGUAGUAUGAUUUGUCUUAUAAUGCUAGGUUACUGUAAAAAGAAAAGCAAAAAACAAAAACAACAACAACAAAAAAACCCGUGCAUCUGUUGCAUUGCUAAGGAUGGAAUCUGUGAGGGCUGAUGGUUUGAAAAAUACUGAUUGUAUACAGUAGAUAGUGAUUCAUGUUCCAUUUGUUAGAGCAAGCUUUUUGAUGUACUAAUCUGUUAAAUACUUUGAUUGGUACAAAUGUAUUCACAUUCAAUAAUUCUGUUGUUCAUGAACAAGUGAGAUGCACUUUUUUCCUUUAGGUGGAUUUUUUGAUGCAUAUGUUUGUCACUUGUAUUUCCCUGUGAGGUUGGAAAACACUGUGAGAAGGUUAUUUAAAUUAUCUUUCUUUUCAUGGCUAAGUUGGAACUAAUUUCAGUUAGUAUCUUGCUUGUAAGACAUUUACAUAUUGAAUGCAGGAAAAACUGCAACAGAAUUAUUAGAUGAGGGCAGUCUUGGUUUCUGCUGAAAACAGAUUUUUGGAAUUUUGAAAUACUGAGCUUAAAUUCACAUAUUUAGGGGUACUCUUGAGUAGCUAGCUCUGUAUGUCUGAGGUACAAGCGAUAGCAGCCAAUGGCCAGGUUGUUAUCUACCUAUUGUGAGCAGUCCUGGUGCAAUUAGCGGUUCUUAUAACCAAUACAGUCUUGAAACCUAGACAUAGUCCUUAACUGCGAUCACAGCAGUACUUUGAGCUAGAGUAGAGUUUAUUUCUCAAAUAACUUCUUGGACGUCAGCCGUCUUGCAGUAAAUACUGAGUAGCCAAAUCAAACUACUGACUUAAAUAAUAGUGUAUAUUGCUGUGCUGAUUAUCCAGUUGGAACAGUAGUGUAAUAGUCUAUACCUUCUGUUACAUUGAAGCAAGGGAACUUUUCUGACAGCUGUACUGAUUGAAAUGUUUUACCUUGGGAAAACCAGCGUGCUUUAUGCUUGGACAGUUUUUCUUCGGUCUGUUCACUGUCUGGCUUACUAGCGUUGAACUGCUAAAGAAUUUAAGAUCUUACCACACCAGCAAUCUAUGAUGAAAACAUCAAGUUAAUAUUUGUACCAAAUACUGUUACAACAUGCUGUGGAAAUACAUGUGUAUGGUGAAAGCAAGCAGUAUUAUUUUUGAGCUUUAUUUAGCCUAGGAAUAGAGUUUAAAGAAUCUUUAUUGGUGACUUCAACCUUGCACUUAAAUGGUUUUUAUGUUUGAAUUCAUCUCUUGUUAAAAUGUCUCUCUUGUACUGCUUCGUAAUGUGUAACAGAAUUUGCUUUGUUUCUUGCAGUUUCUUUUGGUUUCUUCAUUUCAUGCAGAAUUCUUGUUUGCUGUUCUCAUGUUUCACAGAUCUUUACAUAAAAAUAUAUAUUUAUUCAAAUUUGGUUUUAAUUUGCUUUAAAUAAUGUCAUACCUUUGUUUGUUCAUGUACUUUAUUCCAUUUGUGGAUGUCAGUAAUCAAAUUGAUCAUUUACAACUUACCAACACUAGUAGGAUGAAAACAGCAAUAAAUAGGCCUCAGUUUCAUCCUCUCCUCGAGUGACUAUUAAAAAAUUUUAUUACCAAGGGGAUACACUUCUAUAUUUAUUUUCAUGAAUGUGGUGUUAGUUGUUUUUUAAACUAGUGUUUGUAAAUCCUAUGGAAGAUGUGAUGCUAUUCUAGAGUACUGUACUUAGAGCUAGUUAGUGUGUUCUGAAUUUUCCUUUUUUUGUAUUGUCCUGACUGCUUUUGAAAUGUUCUGAAAUAGUAAUUAAACUUAUUUUGUGAUUUGUUUUUAAGUAUUUGAUCCCUUUCUGCUAUGCAGGAGGUAUCUUUUAAAGGGGUUUAAUUCACUAGAACAAAACAGUAUAAUUAUACUUAGUGUUGUUUUGCAAUCCAUUAUCUUGCAAUCUGUCUGCUACCGAAGAGCUUUAAAUGCUGUAAGUAUAUUAACUGAAAAAAAAAUCUUGUACUUUUUUACAAAAAAUGCUGUAUUUACUUAGCUUAUGCAUCUUACAAAGCAGCCUAUUUUACAGCUUUUUAAAAAGUAUGUUUACCAUACGGAUUUUGCAGUUUCCAUCAUCCUGCAUUGUUACUAUAAACUUAUCAACUCUCCAUAUAGCGUUAAAAUGUAAUUUACUUGUAAUCAUUGUAUUACUCAGCCAAGCCAUGUAUUUACAACACAAAAUAUAGUAGUGUUUUUGAGGCGGCUGUGUUUAUAAGGAGGGGGCAGCAGUGCAGUGUAAUAGAAAAUUGAAAUAUUGUGUUCAUGUUAUUAAAAUGGAUUAAAAGGUAAAAGUAACGUUUUGACAAAGUGUCCACUCCCCAAGAAAAUUACUUACUAGCUUGUGACCUGCUUUUAGUUUUGAAUCACCUAUCAUUGCAGAAGUAAACAAGAAUCAUAGUAAGAUACAGUAAAGUCCAGGCUAGGCCAAACUGUUGUUAAAAUAAAAAAGUAGCCUGUAAGAGGAGGAAACAGUUAAAGUACUGCUUCUAUCAGAUGGUGUAAGAGAAAUCACAAAACCUGCAGAAGCAAGAUGCUGCUGGCUAGAGUUCUGGAUGUCGAAAAGCUGUUGCAGUCAUGAAGAUGACUGGAGCAUCCCUUGUACAUGAGGCUGAGAGCUUCAGUCUAGUUUAAAAGAAGGCUGGGGGAGUGGACAUUUUUCCAUCAUGUACAAAUACCUGGUGUGAGGGUAUAAUGAAGAUGGAACCAGAUUCUUAGUGGAGCUCAGUAACAGAAUGAGAAGCAGUGGCUACGAGGUAGAGAAAAGAAAAUUCCGUUAAACUUCCUAACUUUCUUGAACACUCAGGGUGGUCAUACACUGGAUCACGUUGCCCAGGAUAAGUCCACCAUCCCUAGAGAUAGGUUUUAACUAUCUGACCAUGGUUCUCAGACAACUACUGUAGCUGACUCUGCUUUAGGUAGGAGGUUUAGACCGUUUCAGCAGGUCCCUUCAAAUUUUGUCUGCCAUAAUCUGAUACUCAGACUGCCUAUUCCUGUAGCCUGUUGCAGGUGUGACAGGUGCAGGUAGCUGCCUCUUGUCUUUUGUGUUUAAAAACCACCUCCCGGACUACUCACAAUUUGGCUUCUGAAGAUCCUUGAGCUUUGUUUGAAUGUUCCCUCAUAUAGUGUUGGGGGAAUAAGAGGGUUUUCAUAAACCGGAAAAAGUUUUUAAGGAUUGACUUCAAAUCUGUGCUUAAAAGCUCCUCUGCUUGCCAUGAAGUACUAUGUAAAAGUAGGAAUAAAUGGUGUAUCAGUGUGUGUGUAUUUGCAGUGAUAGAUAGAUUCGUUUACUUACCACCAAAUUCUUGUCUGGAAAAAGUCAGUGUAAAAGCAGCUUUUGUUUCCUGUAUUUUGAAGAUGGAAGCUAAAUAUACAUUGACCAGUCGA